GACAUUUAUAUUGCCUAAUAUUCCUUAAUGGAGGUUGACUCCAAUACUAAGGCCUACCGUAUCAUCGGUUAUGUCACUGUUACGGUAUCAACAUUGGCAAUUAUUGCACUUUGUGUAACUCUACCAAUUGUUCAUGGAUACAUUAAGGAGGUUCAGCAUUCCAUGAAAAUCGAGAUGAAUCAGUGUCAGAACAACGCAAAAACGCUGUGGACUGACGUUUACAUGCUCCGUGCCUCAUUUACACGUGGAUUCAACCGUACCGCCCGUCAAGCUGGCUACGAGUACUCGAAUGAUGAGACAACUCCAUUUGCUCCACCAAAGUUUGGUUAUCCUGUUGUUGGAGAGGCUAAAGAAGAGGCUAAUCCUUACGAUGCUCCAGCUCCACCACCACCAAAGACUGAGGCUCCAACUACAACGACUAAAAAGACUACAACUACUACAACUACUACAACUACUACAACAAGUACAACAACAACAGAAGCCCCAACAACUACAAAAACCACCACGACCAGAAGACCAUCAACCACCACCACAGGCUCCGUCCCAUCCUAUCCAGACGCUUCAGAAGCUGAAACAACUCACGGCUAUGAUGACGUGGCUGUUGUCACCGAUGCUCCGACUGUCUCUGAUGCUCCAGCAUCCGAACCAUCACAACCAACAUCAACUCUAGAAUAUCUCAAAUCUACCGUACCCCCAGAGGAGCCACACGGUACCUCGGGACCUUCAGGAACUACCGCCGCCCCAACAGCCGAGGUCACUCACGAGGACCACGAGGAAUCGACCGCAACCUGCGACAACUGCUGUCUUCCAGGCCCAGCAGGACCCCCCGGAGCCCCAGGACGUCCAGGGCCUCCAGGAAAAGCCGGAGCCAACGGGCUCCCAGGAAACUCGGGAAAACCUACGAAACGCCCGUGCAACCCGGUUACCAAGCCACCAUGUGUCCCAUGUCCUCAAGGACCCCUCGGACCCGCAGGACCAGCUGGACCACAAGGAAAUCUUGGAGGACCUGGGGUGUUCGGUGAGAAGGGACCACAAGGACCCGUCGGGGCGCCCGGCCAAAAGGGGCGACGCGGGGAGAAGGGUAAGGACGGGGAGCCAGGAGCCCCUGGAGCACCUGGAGAAAAUGUCAAGGAGGUCCCAGCGAUCCCAGGACCACAAGGAACUCCAGGUCCACGUGGAAGACAAGGACCACGUGGAGCUCCAGGAAUUCCUGGAAAAGAUGGGCUUGGAGGUGACCAGGGAGCUCCUGGAGAGCCCGGAGCCGAUGGAGAGCCAGGAAUGGAUGGAGUUCCUGGAAAUCCGGGUAGAGAUGGAACUCAUGGACACGGAGGAGAGAAGGGAGUGUGUCCAAAGUAUUGUUCGGCUGAUGGAGGUGUCUUCUAUGAGGAUGGAACUCGCCGAUAGGCUAUUAUUGAUUUUUGUAAUUUAUUGUGCAUUCUGGUAUUGGAAAAUAAAUUAUUUUGCUUG